UUUCGUUUCAAGUCAGUUAUCUUGCGCCAUGGAACGCGAACAGGUCACGCCGCGGAGUUAUCCCACAAACCUCAUCGACAAGGACUGGUCGAACCGAAAACUCAUGUUUAGGAAAAAUUCAGAGAAGUUUCUUAAUUUGGUGCAUGACAUGAAGCUUAGAGAUGAUGAUGUGUGGAUUGUAACUCUACCGAAAUGUGGAACCACUUGGAUGCAGGAAUUACUGUGGUUGCUUAUCAAUGACUUCGAUUUCGACGGAGCGUUGGCCAAAGAUCUGGAGCUACGUUCUCCGUAUAUGGAGUUUGACUUUCUUAUAUAUGCGGAUGAGGAACGAUCAUUAAGGCCUGUCGAGGAAUUGAAGUCUCCACGACUGAUCAAAUCUCACCUUCCACUUGCUCUACUGCCCUCAAAACUUUGGGAGAGAAAAAACAAAGUGAUUUAUGUCUUUCGGAAUCCUCUAGAUGCCUGGGUAUCUCGAUACUACCACGGCGUUUCAUUUGGCUAUCAUUAUGGGAAGUCACUGCAUCAGUAUUUCGAUGAAAUCUUAGCCACUGAAGGUUUUGCAACUGAGAUCAUUGAACACGCCCACGAGUUCUACCAAUUGAGAAAUGAACCCUGGGUCUUCUAUACAAGCUUUGAAAGAUUGAAGAAAGAUCUGCGGGGAGUAAUCAAUGAUGUGUCAAGCUUUCUUGAGAAACCCAUCAGCGAUCAGCAAACAAUGGAGCGACUACUAAAGCAUUUGUCUUUCGAAGAAAUGAAAAAAAAUACAACAACAAAUCAUCUGUGGGAACUAGCCCAAGUAAAACACAAAAAUGCACGCAAGGAGACCCACCCGUUCGUGCGACGAGGAGAGGUCAACGGUUUCAAGGACGAACUUCUGCCCGAGCAAAUAGAGAAGGCCAACGCUUGUAUAAAAGCGGUUCUAAAAAAUAAAUCUGUGACUAUGGAAGAACUGCUCCUCCUAAAUAAUCCCUAAACAAUAAAAUAAUUAAGAGAUAAUGACACUUAAUCUUACAGUUGCAUAAAUGAGAUAAAUAAAGUGUUUGCUUGUUAUAAUAA